AUGAGUAUGUUAGGCCUAAGAGACCUAGUUCUCAUUGCUCCAUCACCUUCGUCUCUUCACCAUCAUCAACAACAACAACAACAACAUCAACACAAUCAUCAAAACCAACCCAUAUCAUCAGAUCACAAUUCAUCUGCUUCCUUAAGUGUCGGUUUUGGAAUUUUCCCACUUCUUACAGCCACACCCUGCAUGCCACAACCACAACCAAACCAAUCUCACAACAAUGAAGUUCAAGAAAAUAAUAACAACAACUUUUGGAACCUUAGGAUGUGUCCCGAACCAAAAAAAGUGAUAACUGAUAAUAAUAACAAUGAUGAUGAUGAGAAUGAUAAUAAUAAUAAUAACAAGAUGGUUAUGAUGGAGAGUGAAGAGAAUGGUGUGUAUGGUUCUGAGUAUAGAGUGUGUCAUGAUUGUGGGAAUAGAGCUAAGAAAGAUUGUGUUUUUAGGAGAUGUAGGACUUGUUGCAAGGGACGUGGUUAUGAUUGUAGUACUCAUUUGAAGAGUACUUGGAUUCCUUCGACUCGUCGGAGGGAUCGGGAAGGGGAGAUUGUUGGUGGUGAUGGUGGUGGUGAGGGUUGUUCUGGUGUUAAGAGACCCAAGAUUUUAUUAGGAUCUUCACAAAAUGCUGCUGCUACUUCUCAUAGUUCCAAUUCUAAUGCUACUACACCAAAGAGUUUUGCUAAUAGCUCUUGUCAUCAAGAUGCAAGUUUCAAAGAGGCAUUACCAGGUCAAGUUCAUGCACCUGCUGUAUUCAAAUGCCAUAGAGUAACUGCUAUUGGAAAUGGAGAAGAUGAGUUUGCUUAUUUGGCGACGGUUCAUAUUAGUGGCCAUGUGUUUAAAGGGUUUCUCUAUGAUCAUGGUGUUGAUGGAAAAAAUCCAAUGGCUUGUGUUUCUGAACUUCAGUUGGGAAACAAUUGUAGUGGAAAGAAUGGUGAAUGUUCUUCUGCAAUUGGUGCUUACCCUGCUUCUGCUAGCUAG